AUUAUAUUAAUAAUAUUGUUUCGAGUAGCAUGUUUAUAUUUAAAAUAAUGAAAAAAAAUACGAAUUACAUGUGUGUCAUUUCCAUAAUAAUUGUGGAGAUGAAAAGACGAGUGCGAAGAAUUAGCGAGAUGAGUGAAAAAAAAGAACAAGAUGUUGAGUAUAGUUUUUUUUCUUCAUUCUUUCACAAUGUGUGUUUAUUGAAGUCGGUUUAAUUUACAUGUGCAACGUUUUGUGAAAAUGAUAUAUUUAUUUUCCUUUUCGAAAUGUGUGUAAUAUAUAUAAAUAUAUAUUCUUAUUUUAAAGAAAUGAGGUACUAGGUAUCGAAUCGUGUAACAAAAUAAAAGGAGUUCAAGUUGUAUUAAGAGAGAGAGAAGUAAUAAACUAUACAUAUUUUAUUCCUUAUAGCCCUUGUGGAGGACCUAAUUUAAGUUUUGUCUUUUUUUUUGUUGAUGUUUUCAAAUUACAUUGUUACUGUGUUUGCGAGUUUUCUCCAGUGAAACUCCUCAGAAAACUGCCAUGGUUAAUCAAACUUGUUUCGCGAACGAUCGUAAUUACUGUAAUUAUAAAAAUAUAUAAACUAAUACCGGCCAAUCUAACUAAUAAUAAUAAUACUGAUGAAAAUAUAUAUUAUAUAAUUAAUAGUUAUUACAAAUUAUACACUUCACUAAUGCUCUUCUCAACCACAAACCCACCCUCUGAACUAAAUGAAUGCAUAACCGUUAUUUUUUUGUUUCGCCUCAUUUUAUAUUAUUUUUGUUGUUUAAGUUACUUUCGAACUUGAUUAAAUCACGAUUUAUUAUUAUAUUAAGUAACAAAUAAUAUUAUAUAUGAAUUAUAUGAACAUAGUUUUGUGGUCUCCUGCUUCCGGUCCCCCCCUUUUUCUUGUUCAAGCCUCCUAUUAUUAUUAUUUAAGUUGUAUUUAAGCAGUGUUUCGACCUUUGUAAUGAACUGUUACAGUUGAGGUUACGAGAAUAAAAUUUUAAAAAAGAGUAAUUUUAUCAUUCUCUUCGCCAAAAUAGAUUAAUUCUAUUGGUGGCUGCAUUUCUAUCUAUCCAUAGUUCAAACGUUAUCUCAUAAGUAGAACAACUAUUUAUGUGAAGAAGAAGGUGCGUAAAUUGGCUAUGGAAAAGAUUGAAUGGGAUAACGACGAUACGCUGAUGCUUAUCCGCGAGUAUGCGAAACAUCCGCUGCUAUGGAACACAAGAGACAAGUGGCAUUUCAAUAAAAUCAAGAAGUUCAACGCUUGGUACAGCAUCGCGAAAGCCUGCAAUGUGAACAUAGACGAUGCGAGAAAGAAGAUGCAAAGUUUGCAAGGUUCGUUCCGCAGGGAGAGGGCCAAGGGAAAGAUAAUCGUUGGAAUCGGAAAAGAAGCAAAGGAAGUUUACAAAUCAAAGUGGUUUGCUUUCAAGCAUCUGUUAUUUUUACUCGACGAGCCGAACGAACCAACCAACAACACCGAAAAAAUCCGAAACGACAUUGAAGAUGUUUCAGUGGGCAUAGAAAGUCCGGAAUACGCCUUGUACGAGGCCCUAAAUUCUAAUAUAAAGAACACCGACAAUUGGAAUCAACACAUUAACAAGGAAAUCGAUCGUUUUGAGAAUGUUGAGGAUAUAGAGAACAGAUUGAAAGCGUUGAAGACUGUUACACCGAAUCCUCAGAAAAAUGUAAAAAAUCACAGAGAAGAGGUGCACAGCUCAUACCAGACGCGUCCGCCAGAGGAUCCGACUAUGAUCUACGCAUCACACCUAACUAAUAAGUUGAAACAGUUCGAAGGUAGAACCCGCUCAUAUCUGGAGCAUGCGAUAAAUCAAUUGGUCUUCGAGGCGGAAAUGGGAAUGUACGACAAUAUACCAUCAGGCACAUACCCACCAGCCAAUCCGAACUUCAUGAAUGGCUCAUUGACUGUUGAGGAUGAGUAGUUCUAAAAAAUGUGCAGUAUAUAUUUAUAAAAAAAAUACACCGUAUAAAUUUAUCUUGAU